UUCACCUCCAUCCCCAGCUCGUGGUGUCUCCAGGCCCAGAGGCUCCUGCUUUUGGGGCAUUUUGAGCAAAAUGCAGCUGCUGUUUUUCCUGCCUGCAGUUUGAGUGCUGAGCUCUGCCAUCCCCUGCUCAGCCCCAGAGCUCCUCCUGCCCAUCCCUUCCUGCCUGGGCACUCUGAGGAGCUGCUGCUGCUCUGCCUCAGCCUGGCAUCGUGGAGGACAGGGCCGUCGCCAUGUCGGUGUCGCACAGCUCCAGGCUGAACAAGCUGGUGCGGGAGCAGUACAUGAGGCUGCCCCAGGAUGGGAGGGUGCAGGUCACCUACGUCUGGAUCGACGGCAGCGGCGAGGGUGUGCGCUGCAAGAGCAGGACCCUCGAUAAGGAGCCCAAGAGCAUCGAAGAUGUCCCCGAGUGGAAUUUCGAUGGCUCCAGCACGGCGCAGGCAGAGGGCUCCAACAGUGACAUGUUCCUGGUGCCUGUCUGCAUGUUCAGGGACCCUUUUUGCCUGGACCCCAACAAGCUGGUGCUCUGCGAAGUGCUGAAGUACAACAGGAAACCCGCAGAGACCAACCUGAGGCACACGUGCAAGAAAGUGAUGGACCUGGUGAAGGACAGCCACCCCUGGUUCGGGAUGGAGCAGGAGUACACCCUGCUGGGCAUCAACGGGCACCCCUACGGCUGGCCCGACAACGGCUUCCCCGGCCCGCAGGGCCCCUAUUACUGCGGGGUUGGAGCUGAUAAGGUGUACGGGCGUGAUAUCGUGGAGUCCCACUACAAGGCUUGUCUCUAUGCGGGGGUGAAGAUCUGUGGCACCAAUGCCGAGGUGAUGCCCUCCCAGUGGGAAUUCCAGGUGGGCCCGUGUGAAGGCAUUGAGAUGGGGGAUCACCUGUGGAUGGCUCGGUUCAUCCUGCACCGUGUCUGCGAGGACUUUGGGGUUGUGGCCACUCUGGACCCCAAACCGAUGACCGGCAACUGGAACGGCGCCGGGUGUCACACCAACUACAGCACCGAGGAGAUGCGCAGAGAGGGGGGUCUCAAGCACAUCGAAGCCGCCAUCGAGAAGCUGAGCAAGCGGCACGAUUACCACAUCUGCGUGUACGACCCGCGCGGCGGCAGGGACAACUCCCGGCGCCUCACCGGCCACCACGAGACCUCCAACAUCUUCGAGUUCUCGGCCGGCGUGGCCAACCGGGGCGCCAGCAUCCGCAUCCCGCGCCAGGUGGGCCAGGACGGCUACGGCUACUUCGAGGACCGGCGGCCGGCGGCCAACUGCGACCCCUACGCCGUCACCGAGGCCAUCAUGAGGACGACGGUGCUCAACGAGACCGGCGUGGAGACCAAGGACUACGCUGAGCACUGAGGCACCGCGGUUGGGUGGAGGUUCUCGUGCCUACAGCAGCUUCUCACGUGGGAUUUGUGCCUGUGCGCUGUCUUCAGCUGCAAGCUCAGACUCUUCUUAGGAACCUCGCUUCUGGUCUUGUGAAACUUCUCCUUAGAAAUAUGUAUUUUAUAGCAAGAGGGAGGGGCCCAAGCUGUUUUCUCAACUACUUUGUUUGUUCUGGUUCCUGGUUUUAGGUCAUGAGGUUUUUUUUUUAAAAAAAGCUUGGAUUGGAUUUUUUUUUUUUCCCGAUGGACUUUACACUGUGAUGUACAUAGAUUCCAACGUGGAUGCUGCAGCUGCUGCUGUUUGCACCUGAGGAGGGUGGGUGCUUUUUUUUUUUUUCCCAUAUCUCUGUUGCAAGGAAAUGAUAAUAAAUAAUUUUCCUGGCUGCGUGG